AGGUGCGCAGUGAAGGUCGCGAGGUGCGGGUGUUUGCAGCUGAAGUGGGGAAGUGGCGCCUCAUCUGUGGGUACGAGUGGCAGUGAGGAGGUGCUAAGCUGUUCUCAUCACGUGUGGAACGCUCGUGUUCUCAGCGGUUGCUCGUGGUUAAUGACGUUAUAUGCCGUUAUAUUCGGUGCUGGUGAACGUGAGUGGUUGUGUACGACACUUCUGGUCUCAACAGCAUGGCUGUCGCAGUGGACUACAGCUUCCCGGAGUGCUGGACCUAGUUGCUGAUUUACGUCAUGGCGACCGACGUCACAUUCCUUAUGACACAGGUGUAAUCUUUCGACUGGAAACAUCUUGCGGCGUCCUAGCUUUAGACGACAAUCUCAUCUGAGAAGCACAAGCGGCCCGGCUUUUAGAAGUAGCAUUGUCGAGGGCACUGGAAGCGUAGCAGAAAAAGGCAUUCCAUGUCACUGUCGGAAACAAACGAAUCUUCUGCGAGCGUUUUACCAAUGACAUCGACAACGAAUUCGCCACUUACAGACAACAUGACAUUUAUUGACGAGACGACAUCAUCAGUUCAUGAACCACUUCAAGGGAUGACGUUCCCAAAUGAUCUGAACAUCUCAUUAUCUCUUCCCACCCUCCACCCAUCAUCUUCAUCCUUUUCCACGUCUCCCAACUCAUCAUUCCUCUCAUCCAGAUUCAACACAGGAAACUCCUCUUUUGCUGACGAUCUGGAGAACACGCUUGCCGAUCUGAACGCCUCCCUACCAUCCCCAUUACCGGAGUUCCUGUUCAAUGACGACUGCUUGACCAUACCUCUUCCCGAUGACCCUGCCACACUCCUCCACGACUGUGUGUGCACCCACCCCAACCUCACCGUAGCGCAGUUCCUCCAAUGGCGCUGCGACCCUCCCGAACCUCCCUCUGAAGUCGGCUUCACCGUCAUCGUCUGGAUCAGCUUCACCAUCCUCUUCCUCGCCGGCCUGAUCGGCAAUGGACUCGUCUGUUACGUCGUCUACGCGGCUCCGAGAAUGAGAACCGUGACCAACCUCCUCAUCGCCAACAUGGCUGCGGGAGAUCUCCUCAUGACCACCCUCUGCAUGCCACUGACGGUGGUCUACGUGGUCCUUCUACGCUACUGGCCGCUUGGGGAUGCUCUGUGUCGGCUGGUAUCCUUCGCGCAGCCAGUGUCGGUGUACGUCUCCGCAUACACUCUUGUCGCCAUCGCGGCGGAUCGGUACAGAGCCAUCGUGUACCCUCUGGUGCCAAGAGGAUCGCGACGUCGAGCCAGGGUCGUCAUCGCAGUGGUCUGGACGCUGGCGGCGGCGACGUCGGUACCAGCGGCGGUGACGUCGCGUACCUUUGUACCUCCGGACCCGUGGUACAUGAUGCACGAGAGACGGGUCUGCCAGGAGCGGUGGGAGGACGAGGGUCGUCGCUACUACACCACCGCAGUGCUGCUGCUGCAGUUCUUUCUCCCGGUGACGGUACUGACCCUGACCUAUGGUCGUAUAGCCGUGGAGGUGUGGGGUCGCGGCGGACUGCCCUCCACGCGGCAAGAUAACCGGCAGCUGAGACUGGCCAGGGCCAGACGAAAGACUGUCCAGAUGAUGGUGAUCGUGGUGGCCGCCUUCACCAUUUGCUGGCUACCCAAUCACGUGCUACAGAUCGUAUACGACAUCCACCGGUGGGUGGGGGAGUGGCCGGGAAUCGGCUAUCUCUACACCGCCACGUACUGGCUCAGCAUGGCCUCGUGUGUGUGUAACCCCAUCAUAUACUGCGGGAUGAACGCCCAGUUCAGGGCUGCCUUCUCAGCUGUGGCCUCCAGGGUCUGUCUCCGCUGCCGGCGUCCUCCAGCCGCUAUCAGCCGCGCGGGUAGCAGCGUCCGCUCGCGGGCCACCUCCUACACGCAGUGGACACUGAGGUCACUGCGCCUGCGCAGAUCCAAUGGCUCCGCCCACUCGUGUCAUGCUCCGGAGCCGGCUGAGCGGCCGGCGGCGCCGCUCAACACCAAAGCGGCUGUGCAGGGCUCGGCCGCCACCGCGGCUCUUCCUCUCAGUUUGGACGUCACUUGCGGCCUGAGUUCAUCGAAUCCAAACUCACCGAGACCACUGCGACGGCAGUACCUGGCACUCUCCCGUCUCAAGAGUGUCCAGUGAGUGACGACACUGCUCGACAGAGGAGUGUUCGGUACGCGGACACUCUCAUGGAUGAGGAGUGUCCAAGGAGCGGGUCGGAGUAAUCGGAGUUCAUGGAGGGAGUAAUUGGAGGACUUGCAAUGUCCAAGGAACAGCGCCACCACAAUGGAGGGAGUAAUCGCUCACAUGCGAACUGUGAAGAACUAUUCAAGGAACGGUGACAUUUUCGUGCAGGGAGUCAGCGCUCACUGCCUUUGUUGAGGCUAGUGACCUAUGAGUGCAGGGUCUUGCUGAUGCGCAGGACUGGCCGCUGGGCCCCAUAUAGCUAAUCGAGAAGGUUUGCUUGGAUUAUGCCAGUUCCCUGGAAGUUUUUUUUUUUUCGAGUAAGAGGAUACGUCGCAGUUUUUCCAAACAGCUCAAGUGAGUCCGAUUGGAGUGAGCACGUUGUCAGUCUGGUUUCCAAAUUUCAGGAACAUUUAUAAAAAGAAAUCAAAAAGUUUAUAAAUUUCAGCUUUCUGUUUGGAGAAUCAGAAUCAUAGGCACAUAACUUGUUGGAACAAUAACUUGAGCUGUCCAUUGUCCAUGGUAGUGUCAUUGCCAUUGCCAGUGCCACUGCCCACCGCCAAACCUCAGAAGUCUAAGCGUGCGUUCGACAUCCGGAUAAUCAGGGAAAUUUUCCGGGAUCACUGGGAUCAUUCGGUGUUUUAGGCUGCCAUCGUGCACUGUGUACAGCGGACAUGGCAACGAGUAAAAGAGGAAUUGUGGAAGCAAAAACAAUCUAAAAAUGUGACUAAUUGCAUCGAUGGUCCUUGCAAUACCAAAAAAUGACCGGUGAUUUCGGAAAAUUAUCCCUGAUUAUCCAGAUGUCGAAAGCAAGGUAAAAUGUAAGGAAGCAAAUAAAUUCUUAGAAGUUAUUGGAGCAAAUGUCAUCACAUGAGAGCCUGAGACUGAAUGGGGAAUGACCCUAGCUAACCACUUGUUCAAAGCGGUUUUCCCUAUAAUUUGGUGAUAAAAGACAAAUACCCGAUCUUAAACUAUCUCAGUAACAACUACUGGUAUGUAGCUAGGAAGUCAGCGGGCUCUAUACAAUGUGCAUUGUGUGGAAUGUUGUAACUGUUUUUGGCGGAAAAAAUCGGUCUGUGUGCGUAUUUAUUUUCGUUUAACAAAUAAAGUCAUGCAGUAUCUUACUAUCAGCGAUAUUCUUACUGAUGUUUAAGAAGCUACCCUACAUAUGUAACUAUUCGGUGGAUGAAUGUUAAAUUUAAGUUGAACAAUUGAUUGUUCGAUGUUCUCUUCUGCUACAUGUUUGAUGUAUAGUGUAUAUCAGUCAAUGUUGAAGAUUUACUUAUAAUACGAGCUAUUUGUUAGGCCAUUUCAAAGCAAAAAAGGAUGUUUUCAUGAGUCUAUACUUUCAUAGACUCAAAGGACGAUCAAUUUUUAUGUACAUAUAAAUACAAAAAUGUCAGAUAAGUCGGCAAAUCAUUCGUUUGCUGUUUACUGUUUUGCGCACGUUUUCAUCUUAGACACUUGUAUGAUAAUCGUCAUUCACCACUGUUCACACAAGAAUAGAAACACUCUUGUCCUAGUCAGUGAAUGGCACGGCUUUUCCUGUGAUGUUAAAUAUAUAUUCUGAAAUA